CAAGUUUGUUACUACUAGUAAGGCACUUUGUUUCUGGUCGUUUCCAGAUCAAACACGCCAUUGCCGGCGUUGGCCGCUCGCCCUUCGCCGCUGGCCAGCGCCGCCUCUACGAUAGCCCCAAGCCACUGGGAUUGCGAGCAGUGUAGUGGCAGGUGCUGGGAGUGCACAUGGCCAACGCCACGGACGUGAUUUUCAGAUUCAUCCUGCAGGUAUCCCUGUCCGUGGAACGCUUCUCCAGAUGGUUGGAAGAGGUAGCUGUGCCAGCUCUCAGACAGAGCUCCGAGAACGGUUGGAGCUAUCAGGUGGGGCCAAGUGCUGUGCUUCGUGGCUCAGACUCAGCUGGCCAAGUGGUGGAUGUGCAGUGGUCAUUCAAACAUGGGCCUCAGGAAAGCCUGGACUGGAUUCUUUGCAGCAUGAAUGUAUCUUCCAAAGCUACCGGCGAUCCACCGGUUGUAGCUGCUUUUUGCCUUGGAGCCUACGAUUCAAAUUUCCUUUUGCGCUUCGGCAUGGCUCGACGCGACGACGAUCGACCGGCGGCGCUCGAUGGGCGGCACUUCUUUGAACUGGAGUCUUUGCGGAUACCUUUGCAGCUAACACCUCUUGCAAGCAAGCAUCGUGGCGAGUUUACGUAUUGUACCAUGCGAGGUGCCGGCAGAAGCACCUGCCGUGGUUGCUACUUUGAUCAGUUGGAUGAUCCUGAUGCAGCUACCUCUGAGAGCUGUGCCAAAUGUGCAUUUGUCGCUGGCUUGGAAGAUGUUUACUCACAUUUACAAGACCAUGACUUUCUCGCCGAGAUGGAGCGUUGGCUGCUGGGCUGGCGAUAUCCGCGAGGGAUGCGUCGGAGGUGGCUGUCCUUGACCUUGGAGCGGAGCGAGUCCGCUUUGUCGUGCGUGGCGGAGCGAGUGGUGUCCUUCGUUUUCCCGGAGGGACAUCCCUUAGACACGAUCCAAGCGGAAGAUCUGAGGUAUCCGAGGUAAACAAUUGUAGGCGAUGCCCUUGUACAGUGUACAGACCGGUUGGCCUAGCUUUGGUUUCGGGCAGGUCAACUUUCGCACCUGAGAAUUCCUGAGGAA